CCUUUUCAACCUUCUCCGACCUCAGCUUUGUGUGCGCUUCCCCGUCCCCCCAUUAUUCCCAACGUACUGGACGCGGCUGGACUUUAUUCUCUCUCCCGGUGCGCGCCGCACCGUCGUUUCCUGGUUCCCAAGCCGUUCGUUUUCUACUUCAUGAGUGUUUCGUGAUUCCAUGUCCAUGCUUCCACCACCACGCGACUUGCUACUUCCACUGCCAUGGCAGCCGUACUCCUUCGCUUCGUGAUCUUCCUGACCCUUGCAGCCUCAUCCGCCCAUGCCAAAGACCCUCUUAAAGACUUCUGCCGUCGUUUCGGCCACCAGACCGCCGUUGUAGAUCGCCGGCUAUACAUUGACGGCGGCCAAGUAACAUGGAACCCCAUGUCGCAGAACCCCCUCAACUACUCCAACACAUGGUUGCUCUAUAAUGAUCUCGACGAGACUUUCCAGGGCAUGCCCCAGCUCCAUGAGGACCUUAACAAGACCAGCAGCAUCCCGGAUGUCAGCGGUGGUAUUUUAUGGACCGACGAAGUGAACAAAGUGCUCUAUCAAUAUGGCGGAGAAUUCACCGACUCCCCGGAGAGCUUUACCCCCUGGGCUUACGACAUCAUCCACAAUCAGUGGAAUCAAACGAGCAUCAGCGCAGCAAGCAACAUCCAGCGCGUCGCGUGGGGCGCCGGAGUCACUGUGAACGAAACCGCAGUCGGCUACUACCUUGGCGGAUGGCUCAGCAGCCAGACUGUUCCCGGCUGGGAAGGGAAUCCCGUCCUCACGAGCAAUCUCCUCAGCUAUGACAUGAUCGCAGACAGAUGGAUCAAUGCCACCGGGCCAGACGACAACAUCGGAAGAGCAGAGGGCACCAUGGUUUUUCUACCGGCCUCUGACGGCGGCUUGUUGAUAUAUUUCGGGGGUGUUCAGGAUCCUAAUCGCAAUGGCACAAUAGAGGGGGCCAAUAUGAGCACAAUCCACAUCUACGACAUAGCGUCCACGAAAUGGUAUACGCAGCAAGCCAGCGGUGAUAUCCCCGAUGACCGGCGGAAGUUUUGUGGAGGGGCCACAUGGGCUCAAGACAAAUCUUCGUACAACAUCUACAUAUACGGCGGCCAGGGGAUUACCAACACCACUGGAUUUGACGACGUUUAUAUCCUCUCGAUUCCUUCUUUUAUCUGGAUUAAGUGGUAUCCGACGCAGCCUGGUCCGGGAAAUCCCCAUGGAAUCUCGUCUUGCAAUGUCAUCAACAACGCUCAGAUGAUUAUCGUUGGCGGUUGGUUUGCUCAGCAUGACCAGUGCGAUGCGCCUAACAUCUGGGGUACUCAUAACCUCAACCUUGGAGCCAACGGGCCGAACAACAAUAUGUGGGAUUUUUAUUAUCCGAAUAUCACACAAUACCUUGUGCCUCCGGAGAUCAUUUCUAAGAUUGGUGGCGGAUCAACCGGCGGCGCCACCGUUAAAAGUCCAGAGGACGACUGGGGACAUCGCGACUUACCGGUCUAUUUUGGACGACAGGCGCAGUUUUCUGCGCGCACUGCGACUCGAGAAAUCCCGGAAGCUACGGGGACCUCAAGCAGCAAGGGCGACAAGAAAAAUGGCGGCUCCGGGUCGCACACGGCCGCCAUUGCAGGCGGAGCCGCAGGAGGCGGCGUGGGGCUUAUACUAAUAGUCGCCCUCGUCUUCUACUGCCUCUGGCGACGUAGAAAAAACAACCCGAAAGAAAAGAAAGAAAGGCCGCCAUCCGAGCUGCCAGCAGCACCGCCCGCAGAACUGGCAGCAGCAAACAGCUUCCGCGAGGCCAAAAGCGCCAGCUCGCCAUCGGGCAGCAACGCCACGCCGGCGUACACGCACGACGGCUCGACGCACACGGGCGGCGGCUCGCCCAUCGGCGGCGCCGCAUUCCCCGUCUCGCCGCAAACGCCGUACACGCCGGGCACGCCGUCGCAGCAGGCGCUCUGGUCCCAACAGCAGCAGCAGUACAUGCAGCCGCCGAGCCCGAACUCGCCGCAGUACCCGGGCGGCGUGUACGCGCCGCCGCCACAGCAGCACUACCCGGCGCCGCAGCCGGCGAACCCGCCGUACGACCCGUCGCAGCACGCGCUGCACCAAGAGCACUUUCCGCCGCCGCCGUCGGCGUCGGUCGGCCCGGGAGGAGCAGGAGGCGGAGGAGGCGGGCUCGCGGCUCCGGGCGGGUACGGCGUCGGCGCGCCCACGCCCAGCGACUACAGCCAGAGUCAGAGCCACAGCUACAGCCAGAGCCGCAGCGGAGCCGAGAGCGAUGACGGCACGGCAGGCAGCCCGAUGUACCCGCCGACGACGAGCAAUACGCCGGCGCAUUUCUAUCCGCAGCCGUUGCAGCUGGCGGGGAGUCGGCAGGCGAGCGCGACGAGGCCCGGGGCUGGCAGUCCUGGGGGGAGCAGUACGGGGGGCGAGGGCGUGCCGCUCGUCAGUCGGAUUGCGGAGAGUGUGGGGCAGAGUCCGGGGCCCGGGCAGCAGAGGGUGAGGAUGCCGCAGCCGGUGAGGGGCAGGUUUAGGGAGGAGAGCGAGGGGGUGUGACGAUGACGAUGAUGAUGAUGAUGGACUUUGUGUAUUAGCUGGCGUUUCAAAGCUCAUAGUAACAGUAAGAUAAUUUAAUGUGUGCGUGCCGGGUCG